AUGUCGAACCAAGGAUUGAUUUUUCUGCAAACUGUCCAGACAGCGUCUCCGUGGAGACCCCAGUUACCACUCCCGAAGGACAUCACGGCCCAUGUGCAACAGCAGCAGCAGCAGCAGCAACGACAGAAGCAACAGGACAUGGAUCGAGCAGUGGCGACCAAGAGCAAGGACAAGAAAUGGUCCCUGGGAAGCUUGUUCCGGAAAAAGAAGAAGGAGCUCGACACGGACUCAAGCUCGGAGGAGGACCGGAAGGCAGGCUUCGUGCCGGUCAAGGCGGGCAGUACGCUGAACGGGAAGCGCAAGAAGCGCUCGAGCCGUAUCGUUGGCGCCGGAUUCGACCACAUCGUCGUCAGUCCGCACCAACAUCAGCAGCACCCGUUGCAACAGCAAGUGCUACUUCAGACAUCGCACAAUCAGUACGGUUUCCGGGAGAGCGAAAGUAUCAACGCGAUCGAUCCGUACCCGGCCAACGGAUCGUUGGAUCGGCAUACGGCCACGAAGAAGGACCGGGGUGGUGGGGUCCGCUCGAAGGAGCGCCAGUCGUCGAGCGACGAAGAAUCUCACCGCUCCUCGUCGAUGUCUCGCUUCCGGAGCGAUGACAGCCUGGGGAAUCACAGCGCAGGCUCGCACCGGAAGUCGCGCACCGCCCGUACCGAGCGCUAUCUGAAGCGGAUGUCCGGACGGGACGAUGGUCACAGCCCACAGGGGGCGCCAAACCGCUGGCACACGCAGCCCAUCUCACCCAGUAUGCUACCGCAGCAUGCUGGCGGUGGCAGCAUCCGCUCGGUGGAUGUGGCCUAUCGGAGACCGGGAACGUUCGAGUACCACGCCAGCGGUGGCUCACAUCCGAACCUGCGCAAUUCCGCCAGCCUGACGAACGUGGGUCCACAUGCGUACCGCUGUCCUUCGAACAGUUCCCCCGGUUACGGCCAUCAGGUACCGCAAGCGUACCCACCCCAAUCUCCUCCGACGGCCACGAAUCCCCACACGGUGACGUACGAGAACAGCUUCUACAUCCAGAGCAAGGUGAGCUCGAUGCGGGACGCCAUCCGCAGUCCACCGCCGAUACCGCCGCGCGAUCCCCAGCGGAGGCUCACGAUCGGGCACACGAACGAGGCACGUCCCGUGUCCUACGCCUUCGAUCGCUACCAUCAGCUUCACGGACCGACCGGCAGCAUUUGGCAGUCGAACGGCAAGUGCACCAGCGAGGAUCGGCUGUGGGGCGGCAGUGGACCCACCGUGGUGCACCGAACUCCACCGCCCCCCGCAAUGCAGGGUGCGUUCACUGUCACACCACCGAGGGCUUCCUCAGUACAGCCAGCUGAGCUGCAGCAGCAGCAGCAGCAACCCCCGAAGCAGCGAUACAUUUCUCGCCAGCAACAAACUCCAGUCGUAGUGCAUCCACCACCCAGCACUCCGCCUUCCAACGUUGUGUACCAUCAUCACCAGCAUCAUCAGCAGCACCAACAGCAGCAGCAACAGCCACAUCACCAUCAUCAUCAUCAUCACCAUCAGCAUUAUCGUCACGCGACACUGCCGGUAUCGUCGCCACAUCAGCAACAGCUGCGAUCGGCCGAGUAUCGCUACGUGACCGAUGUAAGCCCUCGGUCGCGGAAACCGAUCCAGAUCCAGGAUCGAACUUUCGAACCAUACGAUCCGAAGGUAUCUCCACAGCCUCCGGCCACCGGCAGUGAGUCCUCGCUGGUCUACAGUGGCACAACGACACCGUCCGGUGGCGUUGGUGGCCGCUCGACGUCACGAUCUUUCCGAGCGGACAGCUCAGAGUCGGUCAAUGACAGCAGCACGACCGGUGGUGGUGCGCGCACCCCCCAGCAAUCAGCUUCCGCCUUCUGGCGACGCAUAGAGGAGGAGCAGAGCAACGCCAGUGCAACGACGGCGACCGGCGGUGGCCGCCGUGGAAGGGCAACCGAACGGCGACCGGGUGUGGCGGGCAUGGCGGCAACCUCUCGCUCCGUGUCCACUUCCCGCGCGCUGGAGAUCAUGAACCGGCGCAAUCAGGAGUUGACCCGCGAGCUGGAUAGCCUGCUGGACGAUAAACAACAGCACCAGAAACAGGAUGUGGUCAGCGGUCGGCUGUACCUGCGGCAGAGCGAUGGGGCAAGCGGGGCUCCGAUCCGAUCACCAAACCAGAAGGUGUACGAGGUGAAACCGAAGGGCUCCAGUCAUCCUGCGAACAGUGAUUCAUUUGCCCAAGGAGGAAACAAAUACGAAGAGCACGUCGCCAAGACCGUCGCAGGAUCGCAGACGGUCUAUAGACGCUACGGCGGUGAGGAGCCGGAGAGUUCGAAGAGUAACGGACACCAGACAGCGGCGCCACCGGCACCACCGAUGCGAACCAUUUCGAAGCGAAACUCCUGCUCCGAGGAGGAACUGGCACGCAAACGGAAAUCGGCGAACCUGGAGGAAGCGAUCAGUGAGCUGGAGGCGAUCUACAAGAGCCUCAAGCUGAGCGACGAAGAUCUGCUCGAACGGGCCGAGCAACGGGACGUACCGACACCGACCGGGUUCAGUAGUCGGGCCCGCACCUACCGUUACGAGCCCGAUCCGGAGGAGGACCGUGCCAAACCGGAACCGGACCUGCAGCUGGACGAUCUGAGCUACCGUAGCAUCAAGCGGGCAAACAGCAAGCUAAGGACGGCCAACACCCAGCCACCGUUCGGCAUUCCCGUGGGUCCGAUCCCUCCGCCACCCAACACCGACUACCUGACCGUGCAGACGCCGGCUAGGCAGCAAACUCCACGCUACAUGCCACGCCAGUCGCCCGACCUAGUGACGGACGAUCUCGCUUUCCGGCAGUUGCGAAAGGACAAGGACCUACAGGCAAGCUUGGACCGUAAGCCCGGCCCGGCCACUAUGCCAGUAUCCGGUAACACGAGCAGCGAAUCGGAGGAUUCUCGAACGAAGCGUAACUCUGGCUCACUGUCCUCGAGCAUCUACAACCAAAUCCAGCGGGAUGCGGCCAAACCAUCCGGUGGCAACCUGGAAGAUUACUACAAACUCGAGCUGUACGCGAAGAGUCUGCGCGAGAGCACUGCGAAACCGAAAGCGGCCGAGCAGCGGCCCAAGGACCCGUCGCCCCCCGAAGAAGCUCGCGGUCAGGUCCGAGCCAAGAACACCGGCACACCUCCAACGGACCGCAACCGGGGAGCGGUCUUCAAUCUGCCGUCGACACUAAAGUCCAGCUCCAGUGGCAGCCCACCCAAGAGUCCUCGAUCGACGGACGGGGCAAGCGACACGAAGAGCACCACACCGACUCCUCGGCCACGGUCCGGCACGGAGCCGAUCAUCGUGGGCGCUAAGCAUAAGGCCGAGUUCGAGGAGAUCCUGAACGCGAUCGCACUCGAAGCGCAGACCACGAGCGAAAAGCUGGGGGCCGAUCUGGCCGAGCUGCGCAAGGAAACGCAGUCGGUGUCGAGUGGUACGAGCCCGGAAGCGAAACCGAACCGUCGAACUGCGGUCAGCAAGACGAUCGCUCCGGUGGCCACCGCUCCGUCGAAGGUCUUCCAGAAAACUUCCGAUGCGACUAACGAAGUGACGGCAAAGUACUGCGAGGAAAUGCUGCGUGAUGUGAUCGAGGAGGAUACGAAGCCGGUAGAGCCAGCUAAGCGACCGGGGAAGGACAUCGUUCCAAUGUCCUCCCCAGCGGUGAACGUAAGUCAGGCAACGGUCGCCCCGAACGCGAAUCCAACGAUUGUCCUUGUCGAGUCAAACGACGGAACGAAACCAUCGGUGGCGGAUACUGAGGUGUUGGAGCCACCAGUUACCCAGCUAACGCCGGCCGGAAGCUUUGAAGCGCUCAGCAAACACUGCCAGGAACAGUUCAGUGAGCUGGAAGAUUCAGUCGCCGCCAGCGCCGACGACGAGCGCGUAAAGUCGUCGAUCGAGCGUGACUACGAUAAUCUAGUCGAAAGCAUCAAACCGUUCGAGUCCGAUUCGGACAAGAAGUCGACGGAGGAGGAAAUCGAUUUGAUCAUGAAGGAGUGUGGGAUCGAGCUGGAGAUGGGCUCGAGUGCCCCGUCCAGCAAGGCGGUGCCCCAAAAGUUCCCGGCAAGUGGCCAGCCCGACCUGAGCGAUAUUCUUUCGCUCGAACGAGACCGAGUGUUGUCCGGCGAGUGUCUCAAGCCGAGCGUGAUUGCCGCUGAGCAGCGGAAGCGUUCCGGGUCCUCGAAAUCGCCGCCAGGAUCGUCGGUACGGUUGACGCCCUCGGACACCGAAUCGCAGUACAAUUCGUCAGAGGAGCUAGCGAUGAUCUUCGGCAUCAAAAGUCCAUCACCGUCAGAAAACAAACCGUUCGCGAAUAGUGCAAUCUUUGAGUUGGAAAAGAAGCUCUCAUCAGUCACUGCCAAACUAAGCUGCCAACCGCAACCAGAAACUAGUUAUCAACACUCACCAUCGCUGCAUCCUUCCCAUUCAAAUCGUCAUAAACUUCCGCUGCCUCCGGCUUCUCAUCACACUCCGCCAUUAGUGAAACUGCAGCCAACGUUAACACCGCCCCAACGUCCUCGAGAGGAACCAUUGCCGCUACCCCCAGUGGCGCCACCGAGCGAAAGUUCGAGCUUACAGGCCAUCCUGCAAGUUAUUCGGGCCGAGAAGCAACACGAACAGCAGCGCCACCAACAAAGAAAGGGUCAACAUCGGGAGCAGCGGAGCACCAGCACCAAACAUUGUGCUCCGCAAACGCUACCUCCGCCCAAGUUCAGUGCCGUCAACUUCCGUCGCAUCCAGCGUCACCCACCCGUGUCCUACCCGAAGCGGCCACUCGUGACACAGCGAUCGCUCGGCUCGCCACCGUCGGUGAAUCUCGGCUCGAGCUACUCGCCCUCUGGCACGGCAGGCAACUCGAACAGUGGCGUGCUUUCCGGAGCGCCGGCUAUCUCAGGGGUCUACGAGCGACGCCGUGCUCCUCAUCGACGGCAUGAGAGCACCUUCCUGAAAACACGCUCCAAAACGAUAUCGGACUUCUUCGGGCCAGAAUCGACCCCAGUCAGCCGACUGCUGAAUAUAAUAUGUCAAGAGAAAGAGGCGGAAAGGGUAGCGCACAUUAUGAACCAGCAGCAGCAAAGUUCGCGCCCGAAUGUCGCUUCUGGCGCGUCUAGUCACGUCGUUACUCGAGGAUCGCGGACAGUGAAGCCGGCCAAGACCGGUGCCCGUUCUGCGGUGAACAAUUCCGGCUCCGACAGUGGCAGCGGAAGUGCUUCCUGCGCCCCAGUACUGGUUGAUCCUGCCUACGCCGCCAAGGAUAUAGAUAGGAUUGCGAAAUACAGAGCCGAUAGACGUAAACCAAUUUACUUAAGAAAUAUUGUCCAUGAGAAUGAAAAUGAAAGACUGGAACCUAGCAAAAGAUCAUCAUCUAGAACACCGAACUCUCUUCCAUCAAGUGCAAUUUCUAGCAAAACGCAGCCAUCGACGUUACCAUUACCUUCGAAACCCACCACCAGCAAUAGCAGCAUCGUCAAACGUCCUCAUACGACUGGCACCGCAACCACAGCAAGUAAAGUUCCUAGCGGUAGCAGCGGCCAAGCUAAUCCGCCCACCAAUGGCCACAGGGAUCCAGCUGCCGGAGGUUCGAACCCGCAGUCUCCGGUGCACGGUCAGAAUGUGGCCACCGUUUCAACGGCGCAACCGAGAACAAUCCGAACCACCAGAUCUUCCCGGUUGCGGGCCGCAGCCACUCACGCACCCGACAAGCCUACAGCGUCCAGUGGUUCUGCGGCAGCCGUCUUGUCAGCAACGGUGGCCACAGGUGGAAGCGACGAGCACCAGCGCAAGACCCAGCGAACAUUAUUGACCAGGACAUCACCCAACGGUACGUUGGGAAAACAUUCCACUGACAGUCCCGGCAGAAAAGCACCAAUCCCAACCAACACUGGAAUGAGGGCGAACAAGUUGUUACCAUUGGCUUCGAAGCGAGAACCGCAGGAAACUAGCAGGUUAAGGAAGACGCCAACGGCAGCAGGAGUAGUGUCCACGGGAAAUGCCAGUUCGAGCGGAGAUAAUGAAGUAAAGCGUUUGGUACCGUCGAUCGCUGUGAAUAUGAAACAGAGACUGAAGACAACCUCCGAAACGAUCAAGGGUGUUGAACGGUCAAUCGUGAAGCCGGUUGCCGGUCCGGCAAGUGUGGCCAAACCUAAAAGCCAGAAAGGUGCCGCCGUUACAGCAACCCUUGAAAUCACCUCCAAGCAAGUGGGGGAUCUCGCUCCCGUGCAAGACCGCAAACAUGCGAAGGAUUCGAAGUAUCGACGGUUGACUUUUUUAGAACAGCCCACGGCCGCGUUGGCAAGUCGACCCGAUAACCCAACAACUGAACCGAGUACUAACGAAGCUAUCGACUGUAAUGAUUCGAGUUUUGCGGGCGGUACGCCGCGAAUGAGAACAUCCACGUUGAAACGGUCACACGCUGUGCGACCGGAAGUGAUCGCCCUACCAAGGGAUGUGAACGGGCUGAGCCCGGUAAAGAGCAUCGCUUAUAGAAAGGGGGUGUCUCCCGAGAAAGACAAGUCGUCCAAACGAAAAUCUUUUCUCAACCGCUCGCAAACCGAAGAGUCGGCCAACGCAGCUGCAAUAAGCCCAAAACUGUCACCACCGGAAGCGCCAAGCAAGCAGCACUAUGGCUCAUCAUCUGCGGGAUCAUCACCCGUUCGGAUUUGUUCGCGGCUUUCCACGUGUGGCGGAUUAUCAAACAAUCCGCAUGCCGUUAGUAAGUCGCGAAGUCCUCCACUGGCCUAUCAUAUGGAACAGGCGCGCCGACAGCUGAUUACCUCGCCACCAAGGUUGAAACGACCUGCUGCCCGAAUUGAUUCGGAAUUGCUGGCUGCGGCGGUGGAUGAUCCGAUGCCACUUUUAAACGAUAGUCUAGAUAGCGAACAAUCAAUAGCCAGUAGUUGCUGUGGGCAGCCGACAGAGAAAGCACCGGUAGCCGCUGAGGGCCGAAAAGAGGACGUAGAGAAAACAAGCGAUGGUUUGGAGCUCCCGGCCAGUGGCGCUGCACAGUCCGUACUAGCGUUCGAUGAGCCAGAUGAGAUAUCCGAGGAGCAGUCGUCCUCGAUCGGUCAAUAUUCUAAAUUUAGUCAAAUUCUAAAGUCUCCAACACUAGAGGUAGCCGCUGUAACAUUGCAAUCCGAAUCGAUCGUCAUUGUGGGAGUUCAUAGGAGUGUCGAGGAUCUACAGGCAGUGGAAGAAGAGGAGCAAAUGAUUGCAACGUUUGAAGUGCCGCCGGUUGUGGGAAAGGAAAGUGUUCAAUCUCGAAUUACACUGGCGGAAGAAAUGGAGGCCGGUCCUUCAGGAUUGUGUUCCGCGAGAUCGAAUACAUGCGAAAGAAUCGACGACAAUGAUGACGAUGAAGAUGAUGAUGAUGAGACUGACGUCAUAAAAGCGGAAAAAGACAUAGGUCCAACACGUGGGUAUAUUGCUGUGGUCGAUGCGUCCUUACGCCCCGCAAACCGUAUCCUGUUCGAUGAUCAGUUCAACGACGAGUUUGUCGUCAUUGAAAACAAUCCCAAAAGUCAGCUGAUUCAUUCGCUGGACGAAGAGGAUAUUAUAGUGCUGCGCGAUCAUGACGAGGACUACACGAGCGCUCCUCCGAGCCGCCCUUCAAGCGGCGAGUAUCUCGAAGGUGAGAAAAAGCUACUCAAAAUGAGCUCCGUGGAGCAUUUCGAGCGGAAGAGUCUUUCGCCUCAGCGCAGCAAGCAAAGCACGUCGCCGAUCUUUCGUGCCAAAAGCAUGGACGAAGGCAGCAGUGGUAAUCUUGGUAUUGGCAAUGGUCAGACGUCCGCAGUCACCGUGUCUGGAACCACCUCUAAUCACAUCGUCUCGAUACUGAAGCGUAAAACCGUCGAAUCGACUGUCAGCUCUACCUCGAGCAAUGCAUCGCCCGUCACCUUCUCACCGAGUGUUGUCGACACGCCAAUCCGAUCGAACCGCAAGCAGGGUAUACUGAAGAAGCGCUGCUCGCUGGACGAGAGCCGUUACAGUCGUAGCCACUCACCGGACGAUCGGUCCAUAUUGGUGCGCCAUACGCGACGGAAUAGUUUUGAAGAUGGUGCCGCCAGCGGUAGCAGCACUGCUGGCCACCAUCAGCAGCAGCACGGCAUUUUGAAGCAGAAAAGCUACGAAUCUAGAGAAGAUGUAUCGGGUAGUGGAAGUGGUGGCACUGCCAGUCGAAAUUCCACGAUCAACGGUGUGGCCAGCAACGGAAGUGGCACUGGUUGUGGGAGCAGUGUUUCUCACGGCAUUUUGAAGAAGAAAAAUGACAGCUCGUCGACGUCCACACCAAGCGAGCAUCCAAAGCACGUGUCGAUCUCCCAGGCCGUGAUACUAGCGGCGGCAGAAAUCUGUCAGGAUAUGCUGCUGGUUGAUGAUGACGCGGACCUAGGCGGUAGCGGUGGUUACGACAUCAAGCCCAUCCUGAAGUCGGAUCAUCAGGCUCCGAUGGCGCCGAAACCGAUACUGAAGAAAAAAUACUCCUCGGAGAGCGAAGAGAUCCGGCCGAUUCUAAAGAGUUCUAGGAAGAGCAGCCGCGAAGAAAACUCCGACUCGGAAGAGAUAAAACGAUCGAUACUAAAGACUGAUUCUCCGGCCAAGCGACGCUCGUGCUAUGUGGAACAAUCGGCGGCUGCUGACCUUAUGGUAAGCAGCAUGGGUAGCAGCAUAAGUUCCGAUUCCGCGCCAUCGGCGGGAAGUUUGUCGCACACUCGAUCGCUUGAGUUACCGGAUGCAGUAUCGAGCACAGCUGUCGUACCACAAGUGACAAACAUCGAAAAACCGAUCAUCUCCGUAGCUGAGCGGAUCAUGAAUAUGGAGAAAUUUUUAUCUGGUGCCAGUAGUAGCAGCCACAGCAGUCACCUUUCUUCAAGGCAGCAGAUCCCAUCGGCCCUAACCAGGAGAGAGUCGUUCCGAUAUAAAACGCAACCGGUCACAUCCAUCGAAAUCAACAGAAACAGCACAAGCAGUGUUUCUAUAUCCGUGCCGGCGAACGGAAUCGCCGUAUUCUGUGACGCUCGUAGUGCACCUCGUAACAUCGACGAUCUGUUUUGUCGUGUCCAGCAACAGCAGCAACAGCAGACACAUUUGGCGGAAGUUACAUGCCAAUCGGACCGUGGAGAACCGGCAGAAUCGAGCAGCGGUGGACUUGUUGAUGGUGGUGACAGCAAUGCCGAACAUGCAGUCGAAAACUCCGAUCCGAAGGAAGCUAACGAACGCUGCGCGGCAUUUGCCGCUGGUGGUAGCUCUGUAGUGAAAUUUUCCGACGACAACGACGACGAAAAGGUACACGAAAUCGCGGCAAUUGCCAAGGAUUUCAGCAGCACUACUACCAACAACGGUGGUGAUGCUGGUCGAGGGUUGCUGCAAGAAGUGACCGAGAAACCGGAGUUACCGAUUCAAUCGGACCGAAGCCUUGCACCCGAGCAUAGCUGCUUGCGCAGCUCGUUGGAGUUGCUUAUCCAGCGUGCGAACUCUGUUGAUCGUGGUACCGGAAAUACUGGUGCCAAAUCAGCAGCGGACGGCCCGUCGGCUCCAUUCGGGGACCCCAAACCGAGCUCGUCUUUCGAACUCCACUCGCCGACGCUGGUGACCACCGAAUCAAACUCCCAUUCGAUCAUCAGUGGCGAAUUUAACUUGGCCUCACUCAGUUCCGAUUCGGGUGUGCAGCUGGGUGGAAUCCGUGGUGCUACGGAGGAACUAUCCGGUACGACCGACUACGUGUCGUCGGUGAAGACGAGCGAUAGUGAAAAAUCACCGUCAAAGAAAACGAUCGACGAAGAUCUGAACGACGUGCUCGGGAACGACGACCCGGACGACGAUCAGUUGUUGAUGGUCCAAGUUGCACAGCAAAAUCCCCCCGAUUCGGACGACGACCUACGCCCGGUGCGAGCAAGCGGUCGAUCCGUGCGUCGGCAAUCGGCCGGAGGAGCCGUGCUGCUUUCGCCAACGUCUUCGUGUUCCUCGCACAAUCACUUUCAGCGACGACCUUCCAGCAGCAGCAGCAGCUCCAGUAGCAGCGAAGGUGGCACUGGUACCGGUGGCGUUGGUGAUAUUGCGGGACCGGCUAGUGGCUGUCUUCGAGCCCACCGAGGUUCACCCCGAGGCUCCACAUCGUCCGCCUCGAACAGUGAUAGUAGCAGCGAUCUCAGUGAUCGAGAGUCAGCGGCGGUUUCGAGAACCCGUGAAGGUGAAAGCGCAAUGUUUGGCGGUUGUGUAGGGUUUGGCCGCAGCGGAGGCAGUUGUGGUGGUGGUGGUGGUGGUAGCGGCGACGAUAGCACUGACAAGGGAUUCCUGCGACGAUCCAACAGUGUCCGCGCGAAGGCUUCCAUGUUUGCGCAGCUGGAGAGCAAGCUGAAGGAGAACGAAAACCCUCUCGGGCGACCGAACGUUCUACGACCGAGACGAGCUCCACAAUUCACAACACAGACGAUCUCGCCAACCGACGUCGAACGAAGCAAUAACGCUAUCAACAGUGGCCUGAGCUUUGCGCAGCGUCCGUCUACAACAGCUCCUCCAUCGAUCACCAACACCAUCAUGCACACCAACGUUUUAUCGAACAACAACAUCGUUUCGGAUGACUCGGGCACUGAGUUUGAUCCCUCGACACUCAAGGUAUCGAAGAAGGUCAAACUGUUCUCCGGCGGGUGUCUCGCCGUCCGCAGUGAAGAGCAUUCCGAAGCGAUGCAUCGGCUAACAGUGAUACAGAACGGUCAAAAUGAUAGCAACUGCUCCCCGGUCACAAGCCUGAGAAGAAAGAAAAUUUGGUCGAAGGUGCGAAACAUUGGAAGGGUGGUAACGCCCAAGUUUCUCAACGAUAACAAUAACAACAUAUCCGUGCAACAGCAGCAGGAACUCCAACAGCAGGCGAACAAAAAUGGAGAGGUCGUAACCGAUUCAGAUGGUGAUACAGAGCUCGCGCAUAUCAUCCUUCCGAAGGUGGACAGCAUCCGGCGAAAGUUUAUGUGUGCUCAGUCUACACCAAAGUUUCUCAACAGUACAACUGUCGAUAGCUGUUGUCCCAAAGAACAAUCGCUGGUGGUGGGUCCUCACCAGCAACUCAACAAUGGCGACGGUAGUAGUAGCGAAUCGAACGUGGACUCGGGCAAGGAAAACAAUUACGACUGUGGCAUGGAGAACACGAACGGGUUUUCAAACAGAUCCACCCAUCAGCAGCAGCAGCAGCAGCAGGGUGCGGUACUAGCCAUGAAGCGCAACUUUUUGAACGCUUCGAAUCGCGCGAAAUCUCUGUACCAGAAGGAUGUUUCGGCCGAACUAGACGGUGUGGUUGUAAAGGGAAAAGUGUCGCAAAUGGCGAACCAAUGGAAUCAAGUGCGUAGCAUAUCGCUGGACGUAUCGUCCAUUACGAAACUGCCUGGGGCAAACUUCGAUACACCAUCGUCACCGCUACCCAACGAUAGCGUUGGCAAGCGGCAACGUGCAUCAAUGCAUGAUGAGCAUCAAUCGUUCCACGACUCCUCGCUGGAUCGAAGCGUCUCGCACAGUAACCACUCGGCUACGCUCUUCACACGAAGCUUCUCGCGAUCGAACGGUGCAUCCAAGUUUGCACUAAUCGAAGAUCGAUUUGCCAAGUAUUUCGGAAUGGAAAACAACGGGCAGAAUGGUACGUCGCACAAUGCAGGAUACGCGUCGUCGAAGCUGAGGCGCAAUGGUUCGGUUCGAGAAAAGAGUGCCGUUGACGGUGGCUUUAAUGCGCCAAGGCAUCGGAGCCUGUCGAUGCCAAAAGAGUCUCUGAUGUUGCAGCAAAAACUAGACCCGAUUAUCACGGCGAUCGCUUCGAACGACGAACCGAUUGGCGAUGGAAACCGCGGCUCUGUCCAUUUCGUAAAUAACUUUGAUGAGCUGAAUAUUACCGCCGAAAAACUGUCGACAGCCGACGUAGAGUUUGAUAAGCUGUUUAAAGGUGUGUAG